UCCGUGAAGAACACAUCCACAAGCGCUGGACCAUCUGGCCCUAGGGAGGGACGACCUCUACAGCAAUCGACUCCUCCGUAUGUGCACGCAAUGAGAGCACAAUGGUUUUUGGACUUCGUUGUUUAGGGGGACCCUUUUGGGCCAGCUGUUUUCAUGCGACCCACUUGUGUUACAGACGUUGGGGAAGCGGUCAACGUUGUUCCUCUCGGUACCAUCGUCUUGUGCGCGAAGACUCCUGGAGGUUUGCUCAAGCUGCACACUAACGGCUUUUACAACGAGUGCAGACUGCCUAUCAGAGGUGUUAAAGGUGUGCUGGUGACCAUCAAGAGUUUCGCGAGUUACGGCUCGAACAUGCCGUUGUGCUCUCACUUCAAAGGCCUUUACGAUGGCGGCAACAAGCGUCUUCCAUCGCCAGAGCAAUAUCUCGAUCUUGCGCUGAAGGUGUCGAAAGAACGUCCGGUUCUUCCGCCAGAGCAUGUUUUCCGGCUUCUGCCACCCCGUGAGGGGUCGUCCGACUUGGCUCAAGAAACUCCAGGUACGGUAGUGGGGCGCGGGAGUCUGAUUCAAGACGCUGGGGGGCGGGUCAAGGGACGCAGCGUUCACACGCAGGUCGGCCCGGAUGCUCCUAGGAACACGUCGGACUUGCAUUCUCAGGGUACAGGGACUCAACGGGUCGGUACUCCGAAACUUAUCAAGGUCCGCUGCGGCGGCGACACGUAUUCGCUUCGAGAUGAGAAGACAAGAGAUUCAAGCAGAUCGGGGCUAGAUGUCGGGGGGAUGGGCGCUGUCCGCGAAAGCUCUGGCGGGGAGCAGACUCCUUCGGAGAAGAAGAGCGAGCGACAGAGGAUGGUGCGAGAGGAGCUGGCGGAAGGAACCCUCCGCAUGAAGAGGAUGAGAGGAAAAUCGGAGGCGGUGAUGGGCGGGAAUGGAGGUGACGACGGAGAACGUGCCUUGGGAAAAAGGCCGACGAAGGAAAACGGUGGGACGACAAGUAAGAAAGCGAGGAGGCCCGGCGGUUUGACCAUCCGCAAAGGACAAGCCGUGGGUGGAGGAGAUUCGGCUGAUCCAGGCGCUGCGGCCGCGAGAGAACCUUCGGGGAAAUCGAAACGGAAAGUGGCAGCUGAAGAAGGCGAUGGCCAGAAGAAACCUCGAAGGCGGAAGACUGCUGAGGUGGCGAGUGGGGGCGAACGGCCUGUCGGUGAGGUGUGCGACGAAGCGGCAACGUUCUGGCUCGAAUACGAGCGGAACGAUGGCGGUGAGAUCGUGGAGAAGGAGCUCCCCGUCCAACUGCUCAUCGACCCCAGGAAAGUCUGCGACAUCCCGUCUUGGGAAAGAUAUUACAACCACCGCAGUCUAAAUCGGGAAACUGUGGACGACAUCAAGGCUGUGAUGCUGAGUCAAUACCGCGAGAAAAGGGGGAAGAUCUGGACGAAAAACCCUUUGGUUCUGGCACCCAUCUUCAAGCCGGUGACGCGUAGGCCGGAGAUAGCUAACAGGGUUCACAAAGAUGACUUCAAGCCGGAGGACAAGGACAAGUACUACUAUUACCCUGUUAACGGACAACACACCGUGGCUGCUGUGAAGGAGUUGGAGGGUGAGCCAAUAUUCGAUUUGUGGAGGAUGCACUCCUUGUCGGAGAGAGUAGUGUGGUUCUCCGACCGAGAUUUCGCGGGGUAUAGGCAGGUCAGUCUCAACGAGAACACGAGACAGAAGAUGUCUAAGCAGCGAUCGCAGAAGGCCGCGUUCUUGGACAUGAGGGAGACAUGGGAGAAAGAAGGAAGGCCGAUGGCCAUUCAAGGGAACCCUUUCGGGAAGGAGGCCGAAAAACAAAAGUUUUUCAAACAAAAGUUUUUCGAAUUCCAGAAGCUGCUUUUGGGAAAGAGUCCGAACGAAGCUCACUGGACGUUGGCAAAAAAAGAUUUGUCGCUCACCGAUAAGGACUAUGUCGCUGCCGUUGGCAAUGCAUUGAGGCAGUGGAUGCCAGUCGUGACGGCCGGUGAUGACGUUUUUCGCAAAGCCAUGGAGUUCUACGCGAAAUGGGCGGAGGGAAAGUUGUUGGGCGGCUACGGCAAAACGCAAUUGUCGAGGCCGGGUAAAUACAUGCCUGACAAAUCUCCGGGUCUACAAGCAAUUCCUGAUAUUGGCACGAAAGGGGCGGUUGGUGAAACGAAGAUGGGGUGGCUGGUCCGGGUCCCGCCUCCUCCGACCAAAAAGAAAAUGCAGGCGGACGACAAGUUUCUCGUGGUCGUGAAGGAGCCAGACAUGUUCUGUUGGCAGUCUCUCGCGGACAUGACCGAUGUCAAGAAACUGCCGAUCCUCGACGACAUUCUCGCACUAAGGGGAGUGUUCGUGCAAUCCGCGGGUGGCCGUCUGAAGCGUCAGCAUAAACCUGGAAUUAAAGAAAUGGUCGCGACGACGAAAGUCGACCGUGUGAUGCUCCGUAUGUUCCACUACAUCUUGUUCCUUGAAACGGAGGAGAGCGAACGUGUUUGGCGUAACGGGAGCCCAUUUUUUUGGACCGAGGGGAAGCUUCUGGAGGAGUUCGGGCCGCAGGACCUCACGAAACAGGUGCAUGCGUCUGUCGUGUGGGGACUCCUCCGCACCGGUCGGAACGUCGUCGCGUUGGAGAAGGAGGCGAGGNAAACUGUUUUUUUCUUUGGGAAGGUGCAUGCGUCUGUCGUGUGGGGACUCCUCCGCACCGGUCGGAACGUCGUCGCGUUGGAGAAGGAGGCGAGGAUGAUCGACUACCGUCACGAGUUCGUGAAGACACGCGUUGCAGACACUCGCAAUGCUUGUGAGUUUGUCCGCACCACCGACGAACGAAAUUGGGAUCCCAAACGUGACAUGUAUUGGAAAUUGUCGGAGAACAAAAGGACGGACAUUUGGGACUUCCUUUUCGGACCCGGACCGCCUGGUCCGACCGACCUCGAGUACAGUCGACGGAGAAACCUGGUGUUCGCUGUGCUCAAUGGGUACCACGGUGCACCCAGGGAACUCUACUUCUUCGGCAAGCAUCACCGGUUCACGUCGCAGGAUGUCUGGGGACACAACGUCGUUUGGCACCUGAGGAUAUUCCAACCUGCUGUGAGGAAUGGAAUAUGGGUCAUCGCAAUAAAGGAGGCCGAUGGCAAGUGGAGUGGACUGAAGAGACUGGGAGCGGGUGCAUUUAAGAGAAAGGCAAGAACUGCUCUGGUGGAGCAUUUGAGUCUCAUGAACCCCGAGAGGAACGAUCCGUACGUCGAUGCGUAUGCACAACAAAAGCUACAUGAGUUGUACGCCAACAACAUGUUGGAGUUUCGAGCGCCUUUCUACCCACUCGAAACGGCACCGUCUUGUGGCAUUGACUGGCUCAUGCCGCAACCUCCGCCGACCGGUCAGCAUCCGGGAGGGGGUGGCGGAGGAGACGAAGGAGACGGCGGAGGUGGCGGAGGAGACAGCUCACAGUUUGCCGGAAAGGGGACGGGCGACACAUCGUCGGUAGAGAAGGCGUCCGACGGAAAGGGGUCGGGCGGAAAGGGGUCGGGCGGGAAGGGGUCGGGCGGAAAGCGUAGAACGAGCGAAGGUGCGACCUCCGGUUCCCUCAGCUCGGGCGACCGCCACAAACUCCGAAUACAUUCAGAUUUGCUGACGUCGCCCUCUGCCAUAAGUGCUCCUCACGCAACAGUUCCGCGGGGCCAGGAAAAUGUGACGUCCUGGCCCCCGCAUCUUCAGUUGGACACAGGGUUACCCUUCUCGCCUCCCUUCUCAUGUGUUGAGACUCGAGACUGGCGGUCUCGCGACGUGCUGGAGGGGCCCGCGCCAGGAGUGUUGGAGACCGGGGGAAGCGAGAACGAACGUCACACUCUUGUGGAAGACGAGCGCUCUCCGGGAACGCGUGUUGUACAUCGGGAAGAGGAAACUCAACGCUGGCGGUCUCACAAAGUGUUGGAGACCGAGGGUAGUGAGCGUGAAUGUCAUGCUUCGGAGGGUGCGUCCGUGGACACUGACAGCGAGAGUGCAGGAGCUCCGGGGGAAAUGCAUGCUGUACAGCGGGGAGAGGACACUCGACACGGGCCGGCUCAUGAAGACGUGAAGUGGCUCCACGCACGAGCGCUGGUGAUCGGGACGUCCGAAGAGGUUCUGCACAGUCGCUCGGCUGUGGCCACGAUGCGAGAGGGUGUCGUUAAGGGAGGUCAGUGGACGUUCGUGCAAGAUCCCGUUCUUGGCGACGAUGAAGACGAAGAAGAACCCGCGGUGGAAGCUCGGGUUCAUGGCGAUGAGAAAGGCGGAGAACCCGUGGUGGAAGGCGGUGAGGUGACUGUCGACAUCCGGACGGAUCCACAACGGAAAAAUGGUGAUUCUUCGCCCACCCGUUGCGGUGAAGAACAGGGUGGUCGAGCGUCUGUCGUGAGCACCGCUCGGGGAAUGGUGCUUCAUGAAGCCUUAGAGUUGGGUGACGACUCGGCAGCCACCGAGCUGGUUAUCGACUCAGGCGUGGCCGAGAUGCAGAACGUCGAAUCCUCCGUGGAAGGCGGUGAGGUGGCCGUCAACAUCAAGAUGGAUCCAGAGCGGAAAGAUCAUGAUUCUCCGUCCAUCCGUUGCAGUGCCGAACAGGGUGAUCGAGCAUCUGUCCUCAGUACCGGUCGGGAAAUGGUGCUUCAUGAAGCCAUCGACUUGCCAAGCGACUCAGCUGCCACUGAUCUGGUUAGCGACACAGCCGUGGCCAAGGUCCAGAACCUCGAACCGUCCGUGGACGUUGGCGCAGUGGCGCGACAGGAGGGCGAGUUCCCUCAAAGGGCUCCCGAGCACGGUGUGAGGUUGUUAAUGUCCCUUCCCAUGAAGCCUUUAAAAGCCGUGCGCGAGAAACGUCUUUCAGGGAGGUCAUUGGCCGCUUCACCGAAGAAGUCGUCAAGUGUGGGGUUGUUUAAAAGGGUCCAGAUGCCUCGCCUUUCCCAGAUAGCUGUCAGGGUUCUGAAGGCUUGUGGAAUAUAUAAGGAGGAAGGUCUGCGAAAACAUUUGGCUGCGUCUAUUGAGAGCGUUACUGCUUUGUCUGAUGGGUCUGAUGACGAUGGCAAACGGGGUGUCUUGAAAGACCCGUGUCCUAAGUACAUCGUGAAGGACACAUUCAACAAGCGGGGAUACAACUUUUCUGGGAAAAGGGCAGACAGUUCUUAGCCAUUCCACCACGGGGUUUGUGCUCACUCCUCACACUUGUUCGUGGGUGUUUGUGCAGUUGGGGCUACAUCAUGUUUUUGCG